AUGGCCGAGGAAGACCCCGGAGGAAGAGGAAGAGGAAGGGAGGGGGUCCUACGCCCCCCGCAGCCGCCCCUGCGCCGCAAAUCCUCGGCCAAUUACCGGGCCUACGCCGUGGAGCCCCACGCCAAGAGGAAAUCCAAAAUCUCGGCGUCCGUGAAGCUGCAGCUGAAGACGCUGCUGCUGCAGAGGGCGAAGCGGGAGCUGGAGCGGGAGGAGCAGGAGCGGGCGGCCGAGAUGCGGGUGCUGGGGAGCUCUGCCCCCCUCGCCCUCGAGGGGCUGGGGGCGGCGGAACUGCAGGAGCUGUGCCGGGAGCUCCACGCCCGCGUGGGGCGCGUGGACGAGGAGCGCUAUGACAUGGGCACCCGCGUCAGCAAGAACAUCACCGAGAUGGAGGAGCUGAGGCGCCGCGUGGCCGCGGGCCGGUUCGUGCGGCCCAACCUGCGGCGGGUGCGGCUCUCGGCGGACGCGAUGAUGACGGCCCUGCUGGGCUCCAAGCACCGCGUGGGCACCGACCUGAGGGCCGGGCUGCGCCAGGUGCGCAAGGACGAGGCCGAGAAGGAGAACCGCGAGGUCGGGGACUGGCGCAAGAACGUGGACGCCCUGAGCGGCAUGGAGGGCCGCAAGAAGAAGUUCGAGGGGGCGGCGGCCUGAGGGGUGGAUCCGUCCCUGGAGCCCCCUGGGCAUCUUCAUCUUCAUCAUCUUCAUCAUCAUCAUCAUCUUCAUCACCUCCAUCACCUCCAUCAGCUCCACCACCACCAUCGGCACCCCCACUCCCCAAAUAAAGACACCCCCCCAUCCCCAAUA